GGCGGUCCUCGGCGUGGAGGGCAGGGAGGGGGCCAGAGCCGGAGGGCGCCUUCAAGGCGCCGGACUCCUGAUGGGCUGGCAAGGCUUGAUUUAGCACCCUCUUUGCUUAACCCGCUUCUGCGUGGUCUGGGUUACCAUCCUAGUUGCAGGCACCUAUGCACCCCGCAAGUGAGAGGGGUCCCAGGACCCCGCUUCCUACAGAAUUGAUCCUCGCUCCACCGCCCCCACCCCGUACCCCGGCCUUGGGCCAGUCCUCCAGGUCUGCCCCGCAUGGUUCGACGUGAGCCCCGUCGAGUGUCUGCCAGGGACCGGAGCGGGAGGAGCAGCUCCUCAUCCCACCUCCAGGAAGUCAAACUGCAGCAAGGAGGGCGAACUCGGGGAGGCGGGGCUCGGUGCCAUGAAGAAGCCGAGCGGACCCCCACAGCCCCUGACCCCUACCCAGCCUCAGAUCCGGGAUCCCAGAGCUAGACGCAGUCAGUGUUCGCUCGCUUUCUCGGCCAGAUGGCGGACCCCCGCUCAGAUCCUGAAUCAGAGUCCGAAUCCGUAUUCCCGCGGGAGGUUGGGCUCUUUGCCGACUCUUACUCGGAGAAGAGCAGGUUCUCUUUCUGUGGACACGUGCUGAGCAUCACACAGAACUUCGGCUCCCGCCUAGGAGUGGCCGCGCGUGUGUGGGACGCGGCUCUGAGCCUGUGCAACUAUUUCGAAAGUCAAAAUGUGGAUUUCCGAGGCAAGAAAGUGAUUGAACUGGGCGCGGGGACGGGCAUCGUGGGGAUCUUGGCUGCGCUGCAGGGGGGGGAUGUUACCAUCACUGACCUGCCCCUGGCCCUAGAGCAGAUCCGGGGCAACGUCCGGGCCAAUGUGCCGGCUGGAGGCCGGGCCCAGGUCCGCGCCUUGUCCUGGGGGAUUGACCAGCAUAUCUUCCCUGGAGACUAUGACCUGGUGCUGGGGGCUGAUAUCGUGUACCUGGAGCCCACCUUCCCACUGCUGCUGGGCACUCUCCAACACCUAUGCGGGCCCCAUGGCACCAUCUAUCUGGCCUCCAAGAUGAGAGAGGAGCACGGGACAGAGAGCUUCUUUCAGCACCUCCUGCCCCAGCAUUUCCAACUGGAGCUGGCCCAGCGGGAUGAGGAGGAGAAUGUCAACAUCUAUAGGGCCAGACACAGGGAACCAAGACCUGCUUGACAUCACCCUUCUGCUCCUCUGAACCCCUUGUCUUAAGAAAGAAACUGCCAUAUCUCCAAAGCUGUAACACAAGGAAGAAAAGUAUGGGCUUCCCUUGCCUCUCUCUUUCCUCCUUCCCUUUUUGUUCCCCCACAUAUUCCUGGGCAGGUGCAGGGAGAUGCCUGCUUGCUGGGAAUCUGAGAGCCCUAACAGCACUGGGUUAGAGCACAAAGGCUGUUCCCAGCUCUCGUUCUCAGAGGAAGACAGGAGCGUGUCCAGGAUUUUUAGGGGCAGGGGAGGCAAAUGGGAAGUGAGAGCAGUGGCUGCAGAGAGACUGCCCCUGAAUCCUUCCGGUUCUGCUCUUGUUUUUUGUUUUUUUUUUUAAACAGAAUGGAUUCCAGACUCUCAUGAAAAAAAAUUUUUUUAAAGGGAAAGAAGAUCAUUUCUGCUCCAAAGAACUCUGGCUUUUGCUGGGGGUGGGGGUUGGGGGCUAAGAGGGAAGAAGCCUCAGACUACCCACUUCUUGCUUGUGGAGUCUGGUGGGACCCUGUUCUAACUGGGUCAAGCCCUCCCUGCCCUGUAGCCAGGGAUAGGCAGCAAAGUUGUCCUUUGGACUAUAGCUUCUUUCAUCUAUUUUGGAGGGGGAUCCCUAAUCACUAAGUACUAGGUUCUUCUCAUCUUUAAUUUUUCUUUAGGUUUCCAAGUCCUGUCAGUCCCUUCGUAGUAUGUUUUGUCUUCACCUCUUUUCUCUCCUCUGCUUGGGGCUCUCAUUACAUAUUCCUUGGAACACAUAAACCCUCCCCUGGCCUCCUGGCUUCCAUUCUCUCCCCUUCAGGCCAUUUAUCAAACUCUUGUGAUCUUCCAAAAUCAGCUGUGACUGGCUUCUGCUGCCUACAGUGAGAAUAAGCUCCUUGGCUUAGUACUCAGUCUAUCCCACGUGACCCCAAACUACCCUUCUACUGCAUUUACAGCGGGUUUCCUACAUGUCCUGCAACUUCUGGGCAAAUUACACAUGUCUACUCUGUUCCCUAAAUCCACCCGCAAAUUCCCUGUUUUCUUCAUUCUUUUUGUUGAUUCCUUGCCUGGAAGGGCUAUUUCUACCUUUCAAAAUCCUUAUUACUGUUAGCCUCUUUCCUGAAAAAAGAUUUUACUGAGCCUCUUAUUUGGAUGUGAUUUCUUUCUCUUUAGAGACCCUGUUACUGUUCAUCUUCUGGGUGUGUCUUGGGUGGUCCUUUGUUCAGAUUUUCUCACUAUUAGAUUACCUUGAAGGGUAGGGUUGUGGUUUACUCCUCUCUAAUUCGGUGAAGUGUAGCACACCUCCCGGCAUAUGGUAGAUGUUCCACAACCAUUUUGCUCAUUCAACAAAUAUUCACAGGGUUUGUUGAAGGAACUCCACCCUACCUCCUCCCUAGGCCACCUUGGCCAAAUUUCUAAACCCACCCACCUACCUCACAAGUUUGUCUUGAGACUUAAAUAUAUAAUGACUAUGAAAGAUGAAUGGAAAUAAAGAAGCAUAAAGUGUUGCCACA